GAAACUGUGUAUGCUUUCUGCAACUACAAACACUAUGGAAAUAUCCUCUUACUAGCGCAUUACUGAGAAUUGUUAAACUAAUCUAGAGGUCAACUGCAGUUUUUGCAAGAUGCAGAUGAACGAUGGGAGCACUUGUAAAAACAUCAGCUAUUUCGAUUAAAUAUUUAAAAGAACUCCCUCUCACGAACCAUGUGCUUUUAUAUGCUAUUAACGUACACUAUUUAUCUCUAGAUUGAGGUCUAGCAAGAAAUACGAGAUGAUCCCCCAACGGCAGGAAAAAAUGCUGCCUCUGGCGUUGAAAAUAGGUCUUCACUCUCCGAUAGAAAUACGUUGCGAAAGUGAAAAGAGCAAGGAGCCUCGGUGGCUGCCAGGGAGUUUUAAGGGUUUUUGAUUAAUUGCACCAGAGUGAAAGACUUGUCAGCUCUUUGCGUUACCAAUAAAUUAGAGGCUCCUGAGACUUCUGCAGUCAUUCAGGUAUAAGCGCAACGUGUGCAGGGGCAUCACCGCACCUCCAGUAACCUCGCCCGGUUUAUAUAGAUUUUUGGGGACUUGAAACUGGACUAGUUGGCUUUGCAUCUCCUGAGCGGAGCAGCAAGAAGCCACGUAUGUGUGUUGAGACACAACUACUUUGAUGUAUGCAGUACGUUUACAUCAUUGCAUAGGAGAAAAGGUUUAGAAGUGGUCCCUAUGGUUGGAAGACAGACGAUCCGCAUGGAUGGUGGAAAUGGUCCACUGACAGUUAUGGAUGAGAGUCCCACGUCAAGCCCCAACUCUAGUCCCAGUCCCGACAUGCUAUCGACUGAAAGCCGGCGCACUGAGGCCCUGUCUCGCUCCAGGGUGGUCCCGGGCAGCAGUCUUGGAGGCAGAGGACGUCCUGCCGCAGCUAACGCCGCCCGGGAGAGGAAUCGGGUGCAAACACUCAGACAUGCGUUCUUGGAGCUACAGAGAACUUUGCCAUCAGUGCCACCGGACACGAAACUGUCCAAGCUCGAUGUUUUGAUUUUAGCCACUACGUAUAUUGCCCAUUUGACACGAACCUUGCAGGAGGAAGGAGUUGAAGAGGGAGAGAGCACGAGACAAACCGAGGCAUUACAGUCACUCAAAGGUGAUGGAUACCUGCACCCUGUAAAGAAAUGGCCCAUGCGAUCACGGCUGUAUGUAGGCGCUUCAGGACAGUUCCUAAACACCCAGACUGAUAAUCAAGCAGCAUCGUCAUCGUCAUCCUCCCAAACGAAUUAACUUGCAUGUCAAUCUUUUUGAGUCAACAAAGGACUGUUUUUUGUUUGUUUUGUUGAAGGUUGAUGAGUCUUUUAUAGGCUAGCCUAUUUCCAGUUUUCUUGUCUGUCUCUCAACCAUGCAAAGCAUUUGGGUUUGGAUCUUCAACUGUAGGCCUACACCAAUCCAACAACAUUGUGGUGAUGGGAAAAAUAAGUUGACUGUGCACAUUAAUAUAUUAUAAGUAUGUAUACUGUAUAUACGUUUAAGUUUUGAAUUUUCAUGUGUUUUACGUGUGUUUCUGCGAGGCUGGGUUCUCCAUUAAGUUCUGCAGUUUGGUACAUGUUAGGCGGCUGUAGGCCUACCCGGACCUCUCAGAAAUUCCGUGUGUUGGGAUAAUGAGCUUGUCAUGCUUGACUUGUAGACUAUGCACUUUCAGUUGAAACAUUUGCACUAAAUGCAUGUGUGAAUAACUUAACAUUCGUCAUGUGAAGUGGAGUGUCAGAGGCGCUCAAUAGUAGUAGACGUCUCUUUCUUUCUCGUUGUUUUUUCACGAGAGUGAUUGCUAUGUUUUCGUAGUUUAUGAACUUUGGUGAAAUGAAGUUAAACCAACAAACAUCGUACCGUAUAUAGUCUAUUUAAAUUUGAUAACAAAACAUAACAAAACGUCUAUCAUUUGCAGACGAUGAGUCUUCUGAUCUUCUUCGUUGUUUUCCCACCUUCUGUCAAAAUAUGAGUGAA